AUGAUCCGAAGCCCAAAAAUGGAAGCUCAACAAUCACCAACACCACCGGAAGAACUUUUGUCGCCAAGAUCACCAGAACAACCUGCUUCUCCAACACCAUCGCCACGUGCACCCUCACCGAAAAAGGAUAUGGUGAAAUUGAUUCAAAACGAUAUAAGGCCACAGCAAAUCACCAUUGUUCACAACAAAGACACCCCACAAUAUUGUCUUGUGCCUUGUCCAGUUUAUCAUUUGAACAAGAAGUACCAAUUGCGAUUCUCUAUCCAUGGAAUCGCACGAAUUGUCUGCGACUGUUCAUAUCCAGAAUUAUUGGUUGAGUGAGUUUUUUGGUUAGGUUUGGUUGGAUUUAAAAAAAACUGUGAAAAAAAAAUUUUUCAACGUUCAAAAUGGGCAAAAAAUAUAUUUAAAAAAAAAGAAUCCAUAACAAAAUAAAUUAAAAAGAAAAUUAUUUCCAGUCCUCAAAAAUUUACUUCUUUGACAAGCUACGUUUUCAAGAAGUUUGCUGGUAAUUUGGAUCCCAUUGUUCGCCGAUUGGAGUUAAGAGAAAAUGUGAAAAACUAUGACCCAACAAUACACGUACCCCCAAUUGUUCCGCACGACAUGGUUUCUUGUGAACCCAAGGGUAAGUUGUUUUUGAAUAAUUGUGGAUUGCUAAAAUUGGACAAACAUCAUAGUUUCUCAAACAAAAAUAAAAUAUUUUCCAAGUAUGCUAAAAAAUUUUUAACUUAAAAAAUCAACAAAAACAUUACAGAGGAGUUCAACGGCAACGAAUAUUUCAAAAAAUGCUCAAAUGACCACGUUGGUAAACCAGUGCACAUUAUCGCUGUUCGUGGUAAUAACAUGAUUUUAGUGUGUGAUUGUCUCGACAAGUUGAAUUAUGGAACUGCCGCCAGCCACAUUUAUUCAACUCGAGUUGUGGAAUACUAUCACAAAAAAGAAGUUUACAGCUACAGCAAUCCGGCGAGACGAAACUUUGUCGCAAUCCCUCAAACUGGAUUUGAAGUGAUUUGA